UGAUGAAGUACUAUAGUGUGUCCCUUGCUGACUUUUAUAUAUAAGGUUAUGAAGUAAAUGCGCCUCCUCUGUCCCACCAUCUUCGCUACGCCCGCCCAGAUGACAAUCACUUAGGCACACCUGCUAACAUACUUACAGGAUGUACGAACCUGCUCUGUAAAACGACAUGCCUCACGAGAAUACUGACGCUUGGUGAUAGGCUUAUGAGCGACUAUGAGGUUACUCUGGUCAAUGACAACAGUGAGUCUUUGCCUUCUAGUCCGUAUUGGCACCGCCGCCACUACCAACCGACAUCGCUGAUAAUGUAUAGUGUACGCACAACCACCCAUGACUUUCCAGCUCAGAAUACUCGACUUACAAGGCAAAGGCAAGAAUUCUACGUCCGCUUCAAGGGCCCCGAAGAAACCCCAUUCCAAGGCGGACUCUGGAAGAUCCAUGUCGAGCUACCGGACCAAUACCCCUACAAGAGCCCAAGCAUUGGCUUCGUGAACAGGAUAUUCCACCCCAAUAUCGACGAGCUAUCCGGUUCUGUCUGCCUCGACGUCAUAAACCAGACCUGGUCGCCCAUGUUCGAUAUGAUCAAUAUUUUCGAGGUCUUCCUGCCGCAGCUCUUGCGUUACCCGAAUCCCACGGACCCGUUAAACGGUGAAGCGGCAUCGUUACUUAUGCGGGAGCCGAAGACGUAUGAGGCGAAGGUCAAAGAAUACGUCUCUAAAUACGCCACCCGCGAAGCCAUCGACGACAAUGGCGCCGAGUCCGACGACGACGACGACAUGUCCUCCGUCGCCUCCUUCGGCUCCGACGACGACGAGGCAGCCGGCACGAUGGAGGAGCUCUAGAUUUGGGGGGUUCUCCUACACGAUUGUGUGUUUUUUUUUUUUUUUUUCUCGCAAUGCAUUAUUGCCAGGUGUUUGUUAGGUUUUUUGAGUUUUUAUGACACCCCAUAAAUCGCUGGAUUUUUUUCUGAUUUAACGGGUUGGCGUCUGUGUGGAUUGGGCGAGCUGGGUCUUUGCUUUUUUUUUUAGGAGGAGGAUGCAUGAGUUUGGUAUGGCGAGUUGUUCGGGGGGGGGAUAGUUGGUUGGGGUGACUUUGCAGACGGAUUGGCGGUAGAUAACUAUGAUGAAUCUCAACUUGACAUGUUCAUAAUUUCUUCGAGCUCUUCUUUGGCGUCUGGUGAAGAUAUAACCAUUGCUCAGAAAGUAUGUCUGAGUAGUAGUAGUAUGUAUUAUCUACUGUAGUUUGAUAUUAAAUCGACAAUAUAUAUUUUUCCUACGAGG